AUGUCUAGCAGAUCUACCAUCAAGACCAGCAGCCACCGUGGCUUCAGCACUAGCUCAGCCCGGGGACUUGGAGGCAGCCGUUCGGGCUUCAGCAGCGUGUCUGUGUCCCGCUCCAGGGGCAGUGGGGGGCUCUCUGGAGCAUGUGGAGGAGCUGGCUUUGGCAGCCGCAGCCUCUAUAGCUUGGGGGGCUCCAAGAGGAUAUCCAUCGGCGGAGGAUAUGGCAGCAGAUGUGGAGGCUUCGGAGGAGGCAUCGGAGGAGGCAUCGGAGGGGGUAUGGGAGGAGGCAUGGGAGGGGGCUUCGGAGGGGGCAUCGGGAGUGGACUCAGUUACAGUGUUGCAGCUGGUAGUGGCUAUGGGCUCGGAGGUGGCUUUGGGGGCCCUGGCUUCCCUGUGUGCCCCCCGGGUGGCAUCCAAGAGGUCACCGUCAACCAGAACCUGCUCACCCCUCUGAACCUGCAAAUCGACCCUACCAUCCAGCGUGUGCGCACUGAGGAGCGCGAGCAGAUCAAGACCCUCAACAACAAGUUUGCUUCCUUCAUUGACAAGGUGCGCUUCCUAGAACAGCAGAACAAAGUCCUGGACACCAAGUGGGCUCUGCUCCAGGAGCAGGGCACCAAGACUGUGAAGCAGAACCUGGAGCCCAUGUUUGAGCAGUACAUCAACAACCUCAGGAGACAGCUGGACAGCAUUCUUGGGGAAAGAGGCCGCCUGGACUCUGAGCUCAGGGGCAUGCAGGACUUGGUGGAGGACUUCAAGAACAAAUAUGAGGAUGAAAUCAACAAGCGCACCACAGCAGAGAAUGAAUUUGUCACCCUCAAGAAGGAUGUGGAUGCUGCCUACAUGAACAAGGUGGAACUUCAAGCCAAGGCUGACUCUCUCAUGGAUGAGAUCAACUUCCUCAGAGCCUUCUAUGAGGCUGAGCUGUCCCAGAUGCAGACUCACAUCUCAGAUACAUCUGUGGUCCUGUCCAUGGAUAACAACCGCUGCCUGGACCUGGACAGCAUCAUUGCUGAGGUCAAGGCUCAAUAUGAGGAAAUUGCCCAGAGGAGCCGGGCUGAGGCUGAGUCCUGGUACCAGACUAAGUAUGAAGAGCUGCAGAUAUCAGCUGGCAGACAUGGUGAUGAUCUGCGCAACACCAAGCAGGAGAUUGCUGAGAUCAACCGCAUGAUUCAGAGGCUCAGAUCUGAGAUCGACCAUGUCAAGAAACAGGUAGCCAACCUGCAGUCUGCCAUUGCCGAAGCAGAGCAGCGUGGAGAGAUGGCACUCAAGGAUGCCAAGAAUAAGUUAGCUGAUCUGGAGGAUGCCCUGCAGAAGGCCAAGCAGGAAAUGGCCAGGCUGCUGAAGGAGUACCAGGAACUGAUGAAUGUCAAACUGGCCCUGGAUGUGGAAAUUGCCACCUACAGGAAGCUGCUGGAGGGCGAGGAGUGCAGGCUGAAUGGAGAAGGCGUUGGACAAGUCAACAUCUCUGUGGUGCAGUCCACCGUCUCUGGUGGUUAUGGCAGUGGCAGUGGCAUCGGCGGUGGCUUGAGCCUUGGAGGAGGCAGUGGCUACUCCUAUGGUAGCAGCCUUGGAGGUGGCUUCAGUUCCAACAGCGGCAGAGGCCUCGGUGGUGGCUUUGGCUCCUCUGGAGGCAGCACUUCCAGCAUCAAGUACACUACUACCUCAUCCUCCAGUAGGAAGAGCUACAAGCACUGA